AGGUAAUGGGCAGCCAAAUGACCUCUGAAAAGAAAAGCAGAAAUGUAACGCCACAGUCACUGGAUGGAUCUGACUAUGCCAAAGAAAAUGUAAAAUAUGUAUCACAAGAUUCGCCUGCAGUGUACUUUUCACGUGCAAAAUUAAAAUUAUCAGAAGACUUCCAGGCCAAGAAAGAGGCAUCCAGUAAAUCGAAAAAAGUUCAACUGAGGACUAAUCAAGAGACGUCGAUUUGAUAUCAUUAUAGAAUUAUUCUGGCCCUCUUAAUCUUUUCAAUUUUAUAUAUAUUUAACUUUUUAUACUUUUUUUUUUUUUUUAAACCUGUGGAUAUAUGUUACAAAAUAAGCUGUGAGAUACCCAAGUCUGUGCAGACUUAUGAUUUGCCUCUAACGUCCUGAGACGUUUGGCGGGGUUUUUAACCACUAUUAACAAGCAAGAUCCUGUUUGGAUAUGUUAAUGACAAGAUCUUUUGAAUUCUUCACUAUGGUAAUUAUAACGGUAUUCCAUUCAGUAUAUUUGCUUGUUAUUAACCAAUGCUUCUAACUGUGAUAUCAAUACUGCACAAGAGCUUGCAUAUUUGCUCGCAAGGACUUCAAGCCUAUGGUGUAUGUUAUAUAUAUUUUAAAUGUUAUGUGGUCUUUAGGUCAAACAUUUGUAAAGGGUAUUCGGUGCUCAGUUUUUACUAAGAUUGGUGUGAUUUGAAAGGUGACUUACCAAAUAAGUG